CUGCGCGACCGCCGCCGGCGUGGUUACCAUGGCGACGCGCCGUGAGGCUUCGGUGGAAAUGGCGGUUUGGUCUAUCUUGCCCGCCUCGGGCUGGAUAGCGUUUCUCCUGUUGGUGUGCUCCAGCGUUUCUCAUACCCAGACCUUCUCAUUCCCUUUUCGGCAGCCGGAGACGUGCGGCCACAACCAGUACUUCGAUAUAUCUGCACUCUCGUGUGUCCCGUGUGGAGCCAACCAGAGGCAGAGUCCUGGAGGUACUUCAUGUGUGUGUUUACCAGGAUUUCAGAUGAUCUCUAAUAACGGAGGACCUGCUGUUAUUUGUAAAAAGUGCCCGGAGAACAUGAAAGGCGUUACUGAAGAUGGCUGGAACUGCAUUUCUUGCCCUAGUGGCUUAACUGCAGAAGGAAGAUGCCACUGUCCCACUGGCCAUAUUUUAGUGGAAAGAGAUGUUAAUGGGACGUUGUUGUCUCAAGCAACUUGUGAGCGCUGUGAUGAAAAGGAAGACUCCUUUAUGGUUGCAAAUGCUUUAGGAAACAGGUGUGUUCGAUGUGAACCAACAUUCAUUAAUACCAGCCGGUCCUGUGCAUGUUCAGAACCUAACAUUUUAACAGGGGGAUUGUGUUUCAGCAGCACAGGGAAUUUUCCUCCACGUAUGAUUUCAACUGCACGUUAUGCAGAGCUCGGCAUUUCUUUAACUUCAGAAUGGUUUGCAAAGUACUUGCAAUCAUCAGCAGCUGCAUGUUGGGUGUAUGCCAAUCUAACAUCUUGCCAAACUCUUGGAAAUAUGUGUGUAAUGAACAUGAAUUCUUACGACUCUGCCACAUUUGAUGCAUGUCGACUGUUUCAGUUUGUUUUUGAAAAUACUGCUGCACUCGGCACUGUUCAUUCUAUUUUAUUUUGGAGACAGAACCUUCCAUGGCUGUUUUAUGGAGAUCAGCUAGGAUUUGCACCUCAAGUACUCACUACUACACCACUUCCUACAAAUUUCAGUUUUAAAGGACAAAACCAGGAUACAAAACUGAAGUUUGUUGCUGCUUCCUAUGAUAUAAGAGGAAAUUUUCUCCAGUGGCAAUCUUUAGAAGGAGGUGUUUUACAGCUUUGUCCAGAUACAGAGACAAGACUAAAUGCUGCCUAUUCUUUUGGAACAACCUAUCAACAAAAUUGUGAGAUCCCUAUCUCUAAGAUCUUGAAUGAUUUCCCCAGUCCUAUAUUUUAUGAUGUGUACCUUGAAUAUACUGACGAAAAUCAACAGCAGUAUAUUUGGGCUGUGCCUGUGUUAAACCUAAAUCUUCAACACAAUAAAAUAUUUGUGAACCAAGAUAGUAACUCAGGCAAGUGGCUUCUGACUCGACGCAUUUUCUUAGUGGACGCAGUAAGUGGACGAGAAAAUGACUUGGGAAGUCUACCAAGAGUAAUUCGAAUUGCUACUCAGAUAUCACUGAGCAUCCACCUGGUACCCAAUACAAAAAGUGGAAACAUCUAUCCUCCUUUAAUCACCAUUGCGUACAAUGACGUUGAUGUGAAAGAUCCCAACACCCAGUCUGUGAAGGUUUCUUUCUCAGUCACAUAUGAAAUGAAUCAAGGAGAAGCACAUGUCCAGACAGAUAUUGCUUUGGGUGUGUUGGGUGGGUUAGCUGUUUUAUCAUCUCUUUUGAAGACAGCAGGAUGGAAGAGGCGUAUUGGGAGUCCCAUGAUUGAUUUACAGACGGUUAUGAAAUUCUUGGUGUACUAUGCUGGCGAUCUGGCCAAUGUUUUCUUUACCAUCACAGUGGGAACAGGUCUUUAUUGGCUUAUUUUCUUCAAAGCACAGAAGUCUGUCUCUGUUUUGCUACCAACACCAGUCCAGGAAGAAGAUUUUGUUAUUUAUGUAGGGUGUGCUUUUGCUCUGAAGGCUGUGCAAUUUUUACAUAAACUCAUGUCCCAGAUUACCAUAGAUAUAUUCUUCAUUGACUGGGAGCGACCUAAAGGAAAGGUUCUGAAAGCUGUUGAAGGUGAAGGUGGUGUGCGCAGUGCCACUGUUCCAGUGAGCAUAUGGAGAACAUAUUUUGUAGCAAAUGAAUGGAAUGAAAUUCAGACUGUGAGAAAAAUUAAUCCACUCUUUCAAAUACUUACUGUUCUCUUCUUUUUGGAGGUUGUGGGAUUCAAGAACUUAGCAUUAAUGGACUCGUCCUCUACUCUUUCCAGUAGCCCGCCUGGCUAUGUAGCUCCUUAUAGCCGCAUUUUGAGAUAUGCAGUGUCCACUGCUCUUUGGCUAGUCAUUGGAGUUAUACAGAUCGUGUUCUUUGCUGUCUUUUAUGAGAGAUUUGUAGAGGAUAAAAUUCGACAGUUCGUUGAUUUAUGCUCUAUGAGUAAUAUAUCAGUGUUUGUGUUAUCCCAUAAAUGUUUUGGAUAUUACAUUCAUGGUAGAUCAGUACAUGGGCAUGCAGAUACUAACAUGGAAGAAAUGAAUAUGAAUCUUAAAAGAGAAGCGGAAAAUUUGUGUAGCCAAAGAGGUUUGGUACCCAACACAGAUGGUCAGACUUUUCAGAUUGCAAUUUCUAGCCAGAUGAGACAACAUUAUGACAGGAUUCAUGAAACACUGACAAGGAAAAAUGGCCCUGCUAGACUAUUGAGUUCAUCAGCUAGUACUUUUGAACAGAGUAUAAAAGCAUAUCAUACAAUGAAUAAGUUUCUUGGCUCUUUCAUUGAUCAUGUUCAUAAAGAAAUGGAUUACUUUAUAAAAGAUAAGUUGCUUCUUGAAAGAAUUCUUGGAAUGGAAUUCAUGGAACCAAUGGAAAAAAGCAUCUUUUACAAUGAUGAAGGUUAUUCUUUCAGCAGUGUUCUGUACUAUGGAAAUGAAGCCACUCUUCUUAUUUUUGAUCUGCUGUUCUUCUGUAUUGUGGACUUGGCUUGCCAAAAUUUUGUUUUAGCAGCCUUCCUUACAUACCUACAACAAGAGAUAUUUAGAUUUAUCCGUAAUGCAAUAGGACAAAAGAAUUUGGCAGCUAAAACACUGGUGGAUCAAAGAUUUCUGAUUUAAUUUAUUGAACAGAUAAAGACAACGUAAUCAUGGCAAAAAAUGUCAUGGUAUCAGGUUAGUUUGCCAUGUUUUUUAACACUUGUAAAAUAGAUUAUUUUGUUUUUAUUCAUUUUUAUCUGCACAAAUUUAUUUUUAUAACUUGUAAAUAUAUGAUAUGAUGGAAAAUAUCAUUUUCUCAGUAGUUUUGGAAUGUAAUUCUCUAAUAAAUUAGCACUGACAAUAAAGCCAAAAAACAUUGUGUUCAGCAUAACAUUUUUUAGUAAUAAUCAAACCAAUCCCCAUCAUUUGUCUCUCUAGGUCAUUUUAUAAACUGUGGCUUGCCUGUAUUUUCUCUCAGUGACAAAAUUAUUUGAUUCCAUGUUCAAGACUAGUUUUCAGUUCAGUAUUUUACGUUUUAUAAAUUUGUGGUUAAAUAUUGAAAGAUAUUUUCAAGUGUCCAUAGAUUUCAGUUAUAUUACUGCUAAUUCAGUUGUUCACCCUGCUUGACAGUGAACUAAUUCACUAUUGGAUUAGCAUGCAUCUCGUGUAAUGGUAACUGUUCAUUCCUUUGUAUGCCUAUAUGAUUAGCAUAAUUUUUCCACAAGGUAUAUUUACAUCUCUAAUGUAAUUUAUAUUUAUUAAGCUAUAAUGUAGGAUAUUUUUCCCAAUGUGGUUUUAUAUGCAUUUUUUUAAUUACUUAAUCUUUUAAAGGUACUGCUCCAAAGCUAUGUUCUUCAAUUAUGUUAAAAAUUGUAAAUAACAAACUAAAUUUAUCAUGUCAAGUUGACAAGGUGAUUUAUUGAAAGCAAACUUAGGCUCUGCAGGAGAGCAUGCUUGUAUUCUGAGGGAUGUAGCUAAUGUUCCAUAUUUCUUCAUUAUACUUUUUAAUGUUUUUUUCAUUGUAUACCAUGUACUUCAAAGGCCCUCAUAUUUGAAAUGUAAUGGCCAUCAACCCCUAAACCAACAUUUCUUACUGCUUUUCUAUGUUAAUUAUGUGUAAAUACUUAAAUGCAA